AUGUCAGAAACAGAAUACGCAAUCCACCCCCGCAGCACCCUCCACCGGCACAAGGAACGCGCCCACUAUGACUACGGCACCAUCCACAAGAUAAUGAACACCGCCCCCAUCUGGCACGUCUCAUUCCUGCCCUCCGACCCCUCCGACCCAUUCCCCUGCAUGCUCCCAAUGCUCGGCCAAAUGGCAUCCUUCGCCAACCCAGACGCGGACCCGGAAGCAGAUGCUUUGGAUUUAUAUAUCCACGGGCAUGCGGCGAGUCGGUUGAUGCGAUUACCUACCGCGAGUUCACAGGGAAAUGGAAAUGGAGAUGAGAACGAAGGUGUCCCGGUCUGCAUCUCAGCAGCCCACAUCGACAGUUUAAUCCUCUCCCUCACGCCCUUCAACCACUCCAGCGCCUACCGCUCGGCCAUCAUCCACGGGUACGCAACGACCGUGACCUCCGAGGACGAGAAGCUCUUCGCCAUGUACCGGAUAACCAACGGGCUCAUCCCGCAACGCUGGGAGAACUCCCGCUCCCCGCCGACGAAAUCAGAGCUCAUCUCUACGGGGAUUCUGCGAGUGCGAGUCGUAAGCGCUAGUGCGAAGGUUAAUGUGGGAGGCCCGAGCGAUGAUCGUAAGGAUUUGAAGAAUGAGGAGGUGCUGGAUAGCGUGUGGACUGGUGUAGUGCCUGUGUAUGAGAGGCUGGGGACGCCAGUUGAGGCUCCUGUGAAUCGCGUUAAGGAGGUCCCGGCGUAUUUGAAGGGGUGGAUUGAGGAGAGGAAUAGGGAGGGGGAGGCGUAUGCGAAGAAGACGGCGACGAUGGAGAAGAAGAAGGGGUAG